CAAAGGUACAGAUCCUGAGCUCCUGCUUCCUUAAGCACUGAGCUGCUCUAAAGCAGGCCAAGCAGCUCUGGCCAUCAAAGCCACCUUUUCCCAGCCAUAAACUCUUGCUUUGUCUCAGGUGAUGGUCCAGAAUUAAGUUUGCAGCUUUCACUUGUGUUACCCACAAUGGCAGAAAUGAAGAAGACUGACAUCCAGCAGCCCAAGGAUCGACAGAGGCCUAUCAAGACAGAAUGGAAUUCCCAAUGUGUCAUUUUCACCUAUUUCCAAGGAGACAUCAACAGUGUAGUGGAUGAGCACUUCUCAAGAGCUCUGAGCAAUAUCAAGAGGCCCCAGGGAUUGAACUCUUCGAGCCAGGGUGAAGAUGUGAUCCUAAGGAAUGAUAGUGACAUGCCACCAAAUCAGUGGCGUUUCUCUUCUCCAUGGACAAAGUCACAGCCGGAUGUGUCUCAUGCAAAUAGCGCCAACAACAGCAGCUUGAAUGUAUCUGGUCCUGUGGCUGUGGAUCAGUAUCCACUGUCCCUGCCUGAGAUCCCCUCUACUCAUCCUCGGGAGCUGUGGCAUUUCCCCUCCCUAGCCAGCCCCAGGUCCCCAGAGCCUGGCUACUCUCAUGUCUUUCCUGAUGGGCACCUGGUUCCAGAGCCCCGGCCUGAUGGGAAAUGUGAGCCUCUCCUAAGUCUCCUCCAGCAAGACAGAUGUCUAAACUGCCCUCAGAAAUCUGCCACGAGGGAGGAUCGCCCUGUCCAGAUAGCCGGAAGCACAGGAUUGCUUCUCAACCUACCUCCCAGAUCAGUCCACUGUAAGAAAAUAUAUGUCUCCCCCAGUCAUGGACCUGCCAGUCCCAGCCUUGCAAAUGAAAAUGUUCCUGCCAUGAUGUGCUACCCUCACCACAAGUCCAAACCCAUGGGUCCACCUAAUCUUGGACUUGGACCUCCAGAAUCAUGAGCCAAAAUAAACCUCUCCUUUCUUCAUUAGGAGUCUCAGGAAGCCAAUCUCCAGAGAGAAGAAAAGAUCUGUACUUUUAUUAACCUCCGUUUGAAGAAGAGAAAUAGUUUUUCUAAACCUGCUUAUGAUUUUCUACUGUGAAUCCACAGGGUCUAGAGACCUCACUGUCCUUUUCUUUUUCUGGCACUAAAUAACAUUGAAUCAGAAGCAAGUUUCUGCUCUCCCUAAGAUUGUGCAUUUCUCUUCGUUGGCAACUAUGCCAUAUGAGAGAAUUUUCCAAACUUGCUAAGUGAUUUCCCAGCAUGUUAAAGAGCUGUGCCAGGGUAGAGUAUAGCGGCCUGCCUGCUUGUUUAUACCCACUGCCUUUUACUUAGAGAUCACAGCAUCUUCAUUCUCCCUGGCAAUAACCUUUGAACCAAGACUAACCACACGGUAUUUAUUUUACGAGUUUGUCCCAUGAUCCCAAAUGGAUUGUUGUUGUUUUGUUUUGUUUUGUUUUGUGGUGCUGGGGAUUGAACCCAGAGCCUUGUGCAUGCAAAGUAAGCAAGCACUCUACUAACUGAGCUAUAUCUCCAGCCUCCCAAAUGGAUUGUUGUGUCAGGAACAUCCUGAAGCUUUCAGUCUUCACUAGACUGUGGUCAACUUCACUCCUUCCUGUACCAAAAGCAAAAUGAAAAGGAGGUGGGCAAGACCUACCAAGAGUGGGUUGAGGUUGUGGACUCUCUACAUUUCCAACUGAAGUCUGGAAAGAAGCCAAGAAGUCUACAUCUGCACUUGAUGAAUGAAAUACUUUCACUUGGAAAAUUUGAUUCCUCAAUUCCAAAAAAACAUGAUUGCAAAUGGAAUUAUUGAGAAACCUAAGAACCUAACUUUUUGGAAGUUGAGAAAUGUGCCCCUUCCCACAUUAGGCCUGUUGCUGGAACAGAAUUUGCUGUAGCAAGAACAUUUCUUGGAUAUGGUUCUGUGAAUUUCUCUUUCUCUGCCAUGAUGUUGAGAACUCUGGCAUCUGACCCCACAUGAAUACUUGCAACAUCUUUAGUCAAGUUGAAGGAGCAAGGCAAGGCUUGGUUCAAGGCACAACAGCAGAACCUUCCUGCAGAAUGUUCCAGUUAAAAUGAUAAUUACCAAUCUGGUAGACAGCCUUGUAUCUAGUAUGAGCUGGGAAUUUGCCCUGUGACAAUCCCAGAAUCCCCUGCCAUCGAUGUUCUCUAUUUGUGUCCCACUUGCUCUUGAGUAACAGCUAAGAGGAUGAAUAAUA